CACGGCAGGUAUUUGGCUCUUUUAUGACAUCAGAUGACAACAUGAGCCCGGACUCGUGCGCCGACUCGGACCCGUCGUCCAGCUGUGGCCCGGCAUCGCCUGACGGGGACACCCCAGGGUGCAGCCACAGCCAGCACCCUUCUGACGCGCUUUCAUCACCAGAAGACGGCGGCGAGAACACUGAGCCACGCGCUGCAGAUUCCUGCACUCCGACUGGGAAUGCAACCUCCACCUCUCCGGAUCUAAGGUGGACGGUGCAGCCGUCGGCCGUCAGGUCGGUCUCCUCCGCGUCCGGCCGCGCAAAGCCCAAAGCGCACGGCGCGACCCGUGCGUCGGCCGCUCCUGCAGGUGCAAACAAGGCGAAGCCCUCAACCAGGAAAGGACAGAAGGAGCAGCUCUCCAAAGAGGACGAGGAGAGGAAGAGGAUCAGGAGAGAGAGGAAUAAAAUUGCUGCAGCGAAGUGUCGGAACAGGCGCAGGGAGCUGAUCGACACUCUGCAAGCUGAAACCGACAAGCUUGAAGAGGAGCGAUCAGCCCUCCAGACAGAGAUUGCUGACCUGCUGAAAGAGAAGGACAGAUUGGAGCAGGUCUUAGCCUCUCACAAAGCAUCCUGCAAACUCCCUGCAAAUGAUGACGACGAGGAUGUUGGAGACGAGUCUGUGCUGCAGGAAGAGACGGCUUCUUCACAGCUGUUGUCCAUCAUGGAGAAAAGCCCACAGAACAGUACGCCGAUUGCAGAAGCCCCCACAGCUUCAGACAUGGACAACAUCCCGUGCAUCCCUGCAGCAGCCGCCAUUUUGGGCAACUCCAACAUCCUCCUGUGUGCAAGUGCAGGGGAGGAGGCUUUGCAAGACUUAAAGGGAGAGGACCUGGAUGACCUGAUGCCCAGUCUGGAGGUGGCAGCUGGGGCUGAGAUGCCUGCCUCGGUCCCUGACAUUGAUCUGAGCGGUCCCUUCUCCCUCCCAGACUGGGACACCCUCUACAAGUCGGUGGCAAAUGACCUUGAAUCUUUAAACACACCGCUCAUGUCUUCCAGUCCAACGUGUAGCAAUUACCGCACAGUGUUUUCCUUUAAUUUCUCUGAGAUUGAUUCACUGGCUGAUGGAUGUGAGAGCUUCAAAGGCAGCUUCGGUGCAUCUGACUUCAUCAAAGAAAGUCUUGAUUCACCAACUCUUUUAGCCUUGUGAAUGCAAAGAAAUCACAGGUGUAGCUAAGACAGGUUGGUUUUGGAUUUAAAGCCCUCCCACAAUAUUAUGAUGCCAGCACAGCAUCUUUUUGAAUCUUUCAGCAAAACAAACCAAUUGCUUCACAUAACAGUCACUCAUUUUGAAAUUUGAAAGAAGACAAAGGAACAAAUUCCUCCAGACAUUGACUGUUUUGAAAGGCCAAAUUUGACAUUUGCUUCAUUGUUUUAAAGUGUUUUA